AUGACGACCUUGAAUUGGAAGUUCUUCCCUGUGGCUCCGUUGGGGAAAUCUACAGCGGGAAGAUACGAUCUCGGUAUCACCUACGAAAUGCCACCCGAUCACCCGGAGAGCAAGGAAGGGCGACGCAUUGCUGCGCUCCGCCGCCAUCACGUACAUCAUGUAUACGACAAAUUGGAAAAAACGCGAGGAUGGAAGAUUGAGGAGUGGGACGAUGGCAGCAUCGUGAUCAGGGGUGUCAAUUUCGUCAAUAUCAAGGGUUCGGUGCGUGCCCACUCCUCAGGCGAGGCCCGAAUCGUUGGGUACAAACUUUAUUUCAAGACUUCCCCAGAAGCGUAUGAACUGAGGAAUUUGGUCGGAUUCGGCAAGUGGCACCCGUCGGAAACGGAAUACUCUUGCAUCAAGAUGCCAGUUAGUAUAGCGGAUGAUACUGAGGAAUGGAAUGAAUAUGCGAGGAUAAAGAGGGUAAGAGUGAAGUCGAGAGAGGAUGAUUAA